UGUUUUACUACAUGCUGCUGAACUUCUGCCUCGCUUGUUGAUCUUUAUCUUAUGGUGUUUUAUUACACAAAGAACGCACGCCGUGGAUGUGAAAUUCAAACUGCUGUUUAAUGCUGCUGAACUUUUGCCUGGCUUGUUGAUCUUUAUCUUCUGGUAUUUUAUUACACACAGAACGCACGCCGUGGAUGUGAAAUUCAAACUGCUGUUUUACUACAUGCUGCUGAACUUCUGCCUCGCUUGUUGAUCUUUAUCAUCUGGGAUUUUAUUACACAAAGAGUUUACCGGAAGUUACGUGAUGACCACGAAAGCCGCGUGUUGUUACUGCUGAAACCGUCUAUACGCUGUGGAUGUGAAAUUCAAACUGCUGUUUUACUACAUGCUGCUGAACUUCUGCCUCGCUUGUUGACUUUUUACACAAAGGGAAGUACUUUGAGAUUUCUUUAAAAAAAAGCGAGAAAAAGGUUUUAGUAAUUCUAAGCAGCGCAUUGCUCGGUUGGCUUGUUUGUUCAUUCGUAGCUCUUUUUGCUUGAAGUGCCACAGUUAUUCACAAUCCUCAUUUACAGUGCAUAAUGGAAAACUUGUGGGCCAAGCGAAGUGAGCGACUUGAGCGAAAAAACAUGCGUAAAAGGGCAGUUAGACGUGUCGAUAGGAUGUUUGAGUCUUUUGAGAAGGAGAUCAAUCCUCUGCCUGAAAAGAGACCAAACACUGACGCUGAAGAUGUUUGUUCUAGUGUUGAGACUGUUUAUGAAUGUGAGGAGGAGAUUUCUAGUGAAGAUUCUAAUGAUAGUGACUCGAAUGAAAGUUUUUCAUGUAAUGAUUUGGCAAGCUCUUUGUCAGGCUGGGCAGUUAAGUUUGGUGUUUCUUUAGUUGCUCUUACAGCACUUCUGUCUAUACUUAAAGUACAUCAUCCAUUCCUUCCAAAAGAUGGGCGUUCUUUGCUCCAAACAACAAAACGGUAUUUGGUGGAUAAAGUAGCAGGUGGUACUUACCACUAUUUUGGAAUAUUAAAAUCUCUUGGUAAAACGCUUGAAAACCUGUCUCUUAAAGUUCCUGAUAGACAUGUGUUCAGGUUACAGCUAAAUAUAGAUGGCCUGCCUUUGUUUAAAAGUUCAUCUCUUCAGUUCUGGCCAGUGUUGGGUAUGUUGCAGGAUUGUGUUGAUAAAAAGCCAUUUUUAAUAGCUUUAUUUUGUGGUGUUAAAAAGCCAAACCCUGUUUCAGACUACCUAGAUGCUCUUGUAAAGGAGAUAAAUAGCUUGACCCAAGGUUUUGUUAUAAAUGGUAAGUCUUUUUGGUUGAAGAUAACUUCAGUUAUAUGUGAUGCUCCAGCUAGAGCCUUUGUUAAAUGCAUUAAAACUCAUACUGGCUAUUCUGGAUGUGACAAGUGUGUUCAGUCAGGUGUUUACAGUAACCAUCGCAUGACGUUCCCUGAGAUUUGUGCAUUUCCAAGGACUGAUGAGUCUUUUAAGCUAGCUCUAGAUGAAGAUCAUCACACAGGACAUUCACCUCUGACUAAUACUAAUAUAGGGAUGGUUAGUUGCUUUCCUCAUGAUUAUAUGCAUUUGGUGUGUCUUGGUGUGGUUCGAAGACUUUUAGAUUUGUGGAUGACCAGUACUGGACCUUUACCAUGUCGUCUUUCUGGACAUCAUGUUAAGACUAUCUCUGAAAGAUUAACUAAUUUAAGAGUUUUUGUCCCAGUUGAAUUUGCUAGAAAACCAAGGAGUCUGGAGGAAAGACUAAGAUGGAAAGCAACAGAAUUUAGACAGUUUCUUCUGUAUACUGGGCCAGUUGUUCUUAAACGUUUUCUGUCCGAACAAGUGUAUAAUAAUUUCAUGCUUUUGUCUGCUGCAAUCUGCAUUUUAGCAAAUCCAACAUUUUGUUUAACAAUGAAUGAAUUUGCCAAAACUUUGCUUGUUUCAUUUGUUGAACAUUUCAGUAAGUUGUAUGGCUCUGAUUUUGUCGUGUACAAUAUACAUGGAUUGAUUCACCUUAGUGAUGAUGUGGGACUUCAUGGUCAUUUAGACCUAAUAUCAGGCUUUCCUUUUUAA